AAGCAAAGCGAGCGCUUAAAAUUUAAUGUUGUUUUUCAAUUUUAUUAACAUUCUUUAUUAGUUUGUAAUUUUAUCUUUCAUUAAUUAUUUUUGCUGUUACAUCAAAAUGGCGAGUGAUAGUAGUUCAGUUUUAGAGCUAAACGAUGCUGAUGUGACCGACAAUGAGGCGCCCAGUGUAACUGACGAUGCUCAGGAAGGAGCUCCACUUAUAAUGGAGCAUGGCUUUGAUAUUGCUGUAAAGGUGGAUUGUCCAAUGAAGCAGUUAUCAACCUUGGAAACAUAUGUUACUUACCGGGUGAGGUCUGUGUGUGCCCGUUGGCCGACUCCUCCGUAUGUUAGAAGACGCUACAACCAUUUUAAGACACUUCAUAAACGUUUAUCAGCGGCUCACCCGCUGGUCGCGGCGCCGCCGCUGCCGCCCCUGCACUCCGCCCGGCAGCAGCUAGACCGGUAUUCGCCUGUUUUUGUCGCCGUCAGAGCUUUGGCAUUACACUCUUUCCUUGAUCGAGUUGCUAAACAUCCUAUAUUGACUCACAGUGAAGAUUUCCGUCUGUUCCUCACUACACCUGAUGAUGAACUAGAAAAGGUGUUCAAAAGUGAGAAUAGCGCGUUAAAUUUGUGGGGCCUAGGAACAUUUUAUAGCAGUGGAGAACCGAAGACAACCAACGGCGCUAGGGUCAGAGAUCCCGAGUUCACCUCCGCAGCGGACUACCUGCAGUCUCUGCAACAGAAGCUCACUACACUGUGCGCGCUCACCACCAAACUUUACAAGGGAUCAGUUGCCUUGAGCACAGAGCUGAUGAGUAUGCGGCGUGCCUGCGACGCGUGGGCGGUGAGUGCUGGCGGGCGAGUGUCGCGGGGCGCGGCGGCCGCGGGUGCGGGUGCGGGCGCGGCUGCUGCUGCGCGCGGUCGGCCGCCGCUCCGCCACCGCGCGCAGUUGCCGCUCCUCGCCGCAUACGCCGCCGCCCACGCAGACAAAAUACGCGCAAGAGACGCGCUGCACGCUGCCUAUGUGUCUGGCACUAAUUCAGCGGACGAUGUACACAACAGGUUAGAGCAAGCAUCAGAGGCAUUGCGUUCUGAGUUAUCAGAUUGGACUCCAAAAACGAGGGCAGAGGUCAAGUCCAUCCUUCUAGAUCUGGCAGAUAGACAGGUGAAUCUACACACGCAAACCUUGAUAGGCUGGGAGAAUGCCUUGAAACUUUCCACAGAGGACAUAUCACAAAUGUUCAAAACCGUGUCAAAAACUGCAGUACAAAACUUAUCACCAUCCAAAUGUAGAUCCAUUGUCACUCCGAAUGAGACAGAAAGAGACUUAGACGAGUUCGACAUAGAUGAAGACUCAGACAUACAGGAUAGGACACAGGAUGACAGGUAUGUGACUCUAGAUGUGCAAAACUCCGCAACUGAAGACGAAAAUGUUAACGAAAGGAUUCACAAUGAGAAUGUCGUGAAAACCAGUGAUCUUAAUUCCAACAUUCCCAAAGAUUUCUCCGACGAUACUAGAGGUCACAAUGGAAGGACUAAGAGUGAUUUGAACUUGGACGUUUCCGAAGUCGAUAACCUUAAUAUUCAUGACGCGGUGGAGGACGGCAAUAUAGAUUCUAUGUCCAGAGAGGAGAGUUCAAAAUCUGAAUCGAAAUUCUCUGAUCCGCUCCAAGAAUUUUCCGAUGUCGACUUAUCAUGACUUUGUGAUACUCUAUUUUGUAACGUUUUGAAGUCAUUUUAACCAAAAAUAGUUGUAGGUUCCGCUUUCAAAAACAAGUUAAAAAUGAACUUUGACCUUUUAUAUCUAACGUUACACAUUACAUUUGACUACUAGUAAAACUCGAGUAAAGUAGAUACGUAUUACCAAUAGAAGCUAAUGGUUCUUCCAUUUUUAUUGUUUUUUUUGAUGUUGCGGAUGUAAUUGAACUGUUUCUGAUGUUUUUUUUUACUAUGGUUUAUCUAUUGACUUGGAGUUUUUAUCAACUAACUAGGUGAGUCGAACUUCGUAUCAGUUUCCGCAAUCAAAACAAAUUAAGGAGCCGAGAUUUUAUGGUCGCACCCAGGGACGUGAAAUAUUAAAUAAACUUUAAUGAAGAGUUUAAAAAAAUCAGUUUGAUAUUUCUGAGUACGACCGUAAGACCUCGUGCUCGCUGUCGACAGAAAUGUCUCUGGAACUUUAUAUUCUGAUUAUCGCGACACUAGCGUAUGCCAAGUAGGAUCUACUUGUCCCCAAAAUAUGACAGUUUGUUUGUUAAGUCAAGUACAUAAUAUUAUGCCUUGAUCACAUUCACCGUGUGGUGAGGCAGUGCCAAGCACAUCUAUACCAAUACAUACCGUUUCUGGCCGAGUGCUUAAGGCUGAAUUAAGUCUUA